CGGAAGCAAAUGUCGCAAGAGUUUUAAAAUAUAGGUUGUUUUGUUAGUACAGUUUUAUGUGAGCUGGAAUUAUAAAUAGUAUUAGUAGUUAGACAUCUUUGUAUUUCUAUUUGCUGCGUUUUCACGAACAUUUGGCGCAGAGAGACCUUAGAAACGGCUUGGUUGUUAGGGAGUGCGACGUCCCGCUGUUGACCUAAGAACCGGAGCGUAGUAAUACUACAAUUUGGGCGCACAGUAGCUAGCUGCGGGAAGAGGCAGUUGAUAAGCGGAUUGGUAGAAAACUGAGCAGUGGACAUUUAGUUUCUAUUUUUUACGUAGAUAAUACCGCAGCAAUCUCAAUUUCAAGUGUUAACAAUGGCUGAUCAGCUAACAGAGGAACAAAUUGCUGAAUUCAAGGAAGCGUUCUCGCUGUUUGACAAAGACGGUGAUGGCACCAUCACCACCAAAGAGUUAGGGACUGUCAUGCGGUCACUGGGGCAGAACCCUACAGAGGCAGAGCUUCAGGACAUGAUCAAUGAAGUUGAUGCUGAUGGUAAUGGAACGAUUGAUUUCCCUGAGUUCCUCACCAUGAUGGCAAGGAAGAUGAAGGAUACCGACAGCGAGGAGGAAAUCCGAGAAGCCUUCAGAGUUUUUGACAAGGAUGGCAAUGGUUACAUCAGUGCUGCAGAGCUGCGUCAUGUCAUGACAAACCUAGGUGAAAAGCUAACGGAUGAGGAGGUCGAUGAGAUGAUUCGAGAGGCAGAUAUAGAUGGUGACGGCCAGGUCAAUUAUGAAGAGUUUGUCCAGAUGAUGACUGCAAAGUAAAACUGGAAACCCAAAGGACUAAAGUAGACCAAACAGUGGGCAGCAUGCUCACUGUCGAAUUUCAUCAAGCAUUCACAACCAUUCUCCUACUGCUUUCCAUUAGUUAGUUCUCCCCCACCCCUCUUUUCUUCAGUUGAAUUGUCCUCUGCUCUGCCUGUUAUGAAAUGUCAGCUGAUUUUUCCCUUGUCUUCACAUUCUCUAUUAUUUUCAUUAUUUAUUGUUUUUCAAGAAAAAACAAAUGACUAUUUACAUAUACAUUAAGAAAAAAACUUACAUAUAUGAUGGUGAUAACAAUGUAGUACAUUAUCAAUAUGUUAAAGAUUAUAUAACAUACUAUAUGGUGAAGAGCAAUGCAUGCUUUAUUUAGUUUGGCAUGUUUCUGUGCUUCUCUGCUUGCCUCUUUUCUAACUUACUAGCUCCUUUUAACUUUGCAUGUUUCUCAUGCAAUCUCUGCUCAGUGGUCUUAGAACUGUAUGGUGAACAACUGUUCAUGGAUAUCGGGCUUUUAAUUACAAAAAUGGUCCAAAAAUGUCCACGUACUGUCUAAUAGCUGCAGUUUGGUGUGUAUGGGUCUGUAGUAACUGCUCGGACCAGAUGCUGAAGGAAAUGUUGAAGUUGAUUUGUGAGGGGGUAGUCCAUAGAGAAGUAUAGGACUAAUGUUUGUAAGGAAUUAUAUUACUUUUACCUGUCUCUCUCUUAACCAGGAGAGAGAUGGACACCAGUGACAGGGUUUUAGUUCUGAAUAUGAGCCGCAGUCUCUUAAUAAGCCCUGUCCCAAGCAGAUGUCAUCUGUCUAGUCCUAAACAGAUGCCAUAAGUCUGUUGUAGACUACAGAGGUUUAAUGGGUAUUGUCAAUUUCCAGCUGUCAAACAUAGUUUUUCUACAGGCUCAAUUUAGUUGUUUUGAGCGCUUGCAGUGUGAUGUUUUGUACUGAAGAUGUAGAAUAAUUUUCAUGUCAACAUAAGGUCUUAUAUUUUGAUGCUGCACUGUGUCCAUAUCCAUGUCAUGUAUCUUAUUUUAGUGGACCAUUUCUGGAUUGGGGUGGGAGGGGGAGUAAAACUCACUUAAAUCUAAGCUGGAUACACGAUUCUCCCUGCAGGAAAUUGCCUCUGUGUGUGUCUAAAGCAUCUUUCACAACCUAGAGCUUGUUUGAGAGUAUUGCAAUAGAAGUUGAUUUUGUAGGCAGUGUUCUCUCUCUCUCUCUCUCUCUCUCUCUCUCUCUCUCUCUCUCUCUCUCUCUCUCUCUCUCUCUCUCUCUCUCUCGAUAUGAUUGCCUAUGUAGUUUUGCAGGCAAAGUGGGAAGUGCCAUGUUUGAUGUAGCACCUGCCUAAUUUUCUCACAACUACUUUUAAAUUGAAACAAGCAACUAUUACCUAAAGUUGUAGGUUUAAAUGCACUAUGGAGGCAUCUACAUGGACGGUGCCUGCAGGAAGCAUCAUGUAUCAUGCUUGUGAUGUUGCAUCCUCUGUACUGAGUCUUUUCUACUGUUCUGAAUGUAUUUUUUUAAAUGUCAUUUUAACUGUUUAUUCCAAGGGCUGGUUUUCCAGAGAAUGGUUAAGGUUAACAUUGGACUCACAGAAUUUCCUCAAUUAAUCUCCAGUAGUUCAACACUAGGCUUAAUCACUGGAAAAGCAUCCUUCCUUUACUCUGCUCAUAAUGUCAUAGGGAAGAUUGUGUUCCAUUGCAGAACUGUUAAACUUGCUAAAUAAACUUCUGGGACUUGUUUCUAAAUUUA